AUGAAUGUCAUCCUAGAGGUGGAAUUAUUUGAUGUGUGGAGAAUCAAUUUUGUGGGGUUAUUUCCAUCGUCUAAUGGCCACAACUACAUUUUGUUAGUUGUUGAUUAUGUAUCCAAAUGGGUGAAGGCGAUUUCCUGUGCCUCAAAUGAUGCGUUCACGGUCUCAAAAUUCUUGCAGAAAAAUAUCUUCACACGCUUUGGCACUCUACAUGCCACUAUAAGCGAUGAAGGCACACAUUUCAUCAAUCGCAUCGUCAGCAAGAUUCUCAUCAAAUACAACGUUCACCAUAAAAUAGCCACAGUAUACCACCCCCAAACAAAUGGUCGAGCAGAGGUAUCAAAUAGGGAAAUCAAGACAGUGUUGGAGAAAGUUGUUAACCUGACGCGUAAAGAUUGGGCUCAAAGACAAGACGAAGCAUUAUGGGCAUACCACACUACAUACAAAACUCCCAUAGGAAUGUCCCCUUAUGCUCUAGUCUUCAGGAAAGCCUGCCACUUGCCACUAGAACUUGAACACAAAGCAUUUUGGGCCAUAAAAAAUCUUAACUUUGAUUUGAAGAGUGCGGGAGAUGCGAGGAAGCUUGAGCUAUUGGAACUAGAUGAAUGGAGGCUGCAAUCAUAUAAGAAUGCCAAAAUUAACAAAGAGCGAACAAAGCGAAAGCUAAAAUCACGUUGUUUAGGACCAUUCAUCAUCAAAGAAGUCUAUUUGCAUAGAGUGGAAGAAUUGAUUAGUGAAGAUGAGACCAACACAUUCAAAGUAAAUGGGCAAAGGAUCAAACCUUACUAUGGAGGGGAUUUUCACCAUGAAAAAAUCUCCAUAGACUUGGGGAAGCCCAAAUGA